CAACGUCAUCUCAGUUACAAGAAAAAAACUUUUCAGAAAACAAUUUUCCUGUUUUCUGCACAACUGUUUGGAAUUUUCACUAAAUAUUCGUCUAUUUCUCGGUUGUUUUUCUAGCUGACAUACGAAAUAACAUGUCACAAGAAGUAGAGGAAACAUUGAAACGAAUUCAAUCGCACAAGGGCGUCGUAGGGACGAUUGUGGUUAACAAUGAAGGCAUUCCGGUUAAGAGCACCCUGGACAACACGACCACCGUGCAGUACGCAGGUCUGAUGAGUCAACUAUCGGACAAGGCUCGCAGUGUGGUACGCGAUCUGGAUCCGUCGAACGAUUUGACCUUCCUGAGGGUGCGCUCCAAGAAGCACGAGAUUAUGGUUGCUCCCGAUAAGGACUUUUUGCUAAUCGUUAUUCAAAAUCCGACGGAUUGAGGCGCUUGUGCCCUUCGGAAUGGUCAUCAUAGUGAGUACGAUGCUUUAUUUGUCAUUUAUUUUUUUAAUAGAAUAUCGAAGAAUCGAUUAAAACUGGUAUUUAUUAACUACAUUGGUGUAACAAGUUAAAACUUUCAUUACAAUGAUAAAAUGUUUUUGGAAACUGCUAUAAUACAUUGAAAAGGAAACAAGAU